CAGGCCAUCUCGGGAAAGUGCCUGCAGACGGCGCGGGUCACGUGUAUUUGACUCCGUGCCUCGCUACGUCUGCUGCAUGUACUGUGUGCGUGCGCAAGCUCUGUCCGUCCUCGUCCAAUCGUCUUACACAGGCUGACAUUGAAAUGCGGUUUCCUUCGGCCACCAGGAAGCUGAUCGUGAAAGAAAGAAUUCAUUCCACAAAGACAGUACACCGGGCCCAGUGCUAGGAUUUCAGAAUACAGCCGAGCUAAAGACAACAGCGAUGCCUGCCCUCGGGGACUUAGAGGAAGCUGAUGAAAUGCGAACCAGGGAUGAACUUGCUGCUCAGCUUUGGGAUUAAACAUCUUGUGAUCCUGCCUUAAGAGGCAAGAGCCCUCAGAAAACUUUUAAGGUGUGAGACAUGCAGACCACAUAAUGGCCCGGGAAUGUCUGUCUUCCAAAUCCAACCCCCAUCCUCCGUUUCCUGCUCCGGUGAAGAAACGAGGGGACUUCGCUACGUUACUGCCCCGAGGGAGGGAGUGUAUCAGGAGGAGGAUGAGCAGCACCCCGCCCACGAUGGAGCUGUGUCCCCACUGUCAGAAGCCAUUUAAGCGGCUGAAAUCCCAUCUGCCCCACUGCAAGAUGCGAGGGCUGCCCACACCUGCCGCCCCGCAGGUCUGUUGGUUCAAGGGAGACAGGCUCUCGCAGGCCAGCAGAAAGAAAGGGCCUGCCAAGCUCACCAGGAACACGGAGGACACCCGCUGGGACAGAGAGGACCAGGGAAGAAUGAGUCCCCUGAUAAGAAAGGGACCAGGAGGGGUCAUGAAGACCCUCCCACCAAGAGCUGCAGAAAAGACCAGUCAGAAAGGAGCAGAUAAACACAUCAAGAGCCUGGGUCUCCAUGCCCCCAAAAUACCAAACAGCAUCACACCAAGCAGUCCUCUCCAGAGUGAAACCAAGGCACACGUGUGUGCAAUGGGGAUCACGUCUUCCCAAAAAGAACUUGCAGGCUGUGGGCCUGAAUCAGGGGACGGCAGACAGCUUCCUUCAGAAACGCGUGCACCACUUCCGGUUAGUCCCGGGAAAGCCUCCUCCCCAGAUGGGGGGAGAACAUUCUUUACAGGCUUCCCAGGGGGUGUGCAGGCCCCCCCUGCUCAUCUCAAGUCAGACAAAGCUUAUCUCCCAAGUCAGGAGUUCCCAUUCAAACCAUCAAACGUCGUCGCUCAUGGUGAUCAGAGCUCAGCCCCAAACCUCAGCCCUGGGGUUAGAGUCCCCGAGCCCCUACAUGGCCCUUCGGAAAUCCCCAGUGAUGGAAGAAGGCCUACAGCUCAGGGGAAGAACACAGGCCCACUCCUGGCCGGCCUCGGCGUCCACCCAGGAGGUAGAGUCCGAGCGGAGGGAAGUGAGGAGGUCGUGGCUGUGAGCGGCAGGAAGGAGGAAGGACUUGUCCUUGGGCUGGAGGCCCAUGGGUGCAGAGCCCAGGCCGAGAGCUGCCCAUCCCCGAGGGAAGUGAGGGCGUGGUCUCUCCGGAGCAGUGGCUCCAGGGGUCCCAGGGCCGGCAGUUCAGCCACAGAGAAGCAGCCGCAAGCCUCGGGCCCCUCUUUCAGCCUGUCCACCGUGAGGGGAGCAACUCGGACCGGGACCCUUGCCGUGUCACCGUCAAGGAACCCGAGUCUGGCCUCGCUGGUUGGCACCUGUCUCCAAGGAGAGAGAGCCGGUGCACCGCCAUUCACGCUGAGCAAAGCACUGCCCUCAGGGGGACCCAGAGCCACCUGCCAGGCCCAAGCAGUCCCCACUGGACACCAAGCAAUACCCGCUGGACACCAGCAGCCUCACAGUGCAGCCUGGCAUCACAUGCGCCCUGCUCCCUUCCCCAAUCCUGCUGCCACUGCCACCAAGACAGCUCCCAGCUCCGUGGGGCUGGAGUGGUUUCCCGAGCUCUACCCCGGCUACCUGGGACUCGGGGUAUUGCCAGAGAAGCCCCAGUAUUGGAAAGUGGCGGCCCAGAAGCCUUGGCUCCGCAUUCCCACGAGAGAAGGGCACUCCCAAGUUCCGUUGUUGGAAAGCCGUCCGAUUGACCCAAGCAUCUGGGGACCCCCGACCUGGCCGUCAGCCCCCGACUCCCUCCUGAGGCUCUUGGGAGCCCUGCAGAAAGGGUGGACGCGGUGCAGCGGCACCGUGCAGCGCAGCAGCAUGGCCGGCAUCACCGUGCUCUUCUCGGGCUCCCUUGUCCUCUGGUGCAGCUGGAGCCUCCGGCACCUCAAGCAGCAGCGCUGGCGUAGGUAGUGCUGAGCGGGACCGCUGCCGCAACACCCGGAGCCCGGUGGAGACGGUGGAAGACAGUGUGAAAUUGUCCUGGGACCGGGAAAAGCAGCAAGGAAUAAAGUGCCUGGAAUUUGAAACCAUUCUGUAGGGAGUUACGUUCAUGUGGGCAGACCGGGUUUCUGUGGGGCUGUUUCUUUGGCUUGCUGGUGAAGUGGCGGAGCGGUCAUUAGGAGAAAGUCAUGUGGUCUAAUCCUAAAAGGCCAGGGCCAUCGAGUCAGUCCCAGGUCAUCGUGACCCCACAGGACUGAGCAGAACCGUUGCUGGCCUUUCUGAAAUGGAAGCUUUUUACAUGAGCUAACAACCUCAUCUUUUUCUCCUCAGAGCAGCCGCUGGGCUCAAACUGCCAACCUCAAAGCUUCUGCCCCACCACAGCACCAGGGCUCCCUAGACACUGAACUGCAUAUGUUCUAAGAGAGGAAUCUCUCGGCUAUCCAGCCUCCUCCAUGGGAAUGCUCAGCCUUUCUCGGGUCCCCAGCCAGGUCUCGCCGGCACACACAAAAGCAUGAGGACAGAGUGGGGAAGGGACAGUUGAGGGGGACUCCAGGGGAUUGAAAGGGAAUGACCCUCUGAGCAGAACAGGCACCACCUUGUGUACCACUGGUAUACCACUGGUAUAACAGACCAACAUUUAACCAUCUCUUCCUGGACGCUUGUGAGGCUCCCAGUCCUAGCGCGUCUCACAAGAGUGCCCUUGAGAUACUUAGAAACCCUUGUAGAUGCGCAUCUCUUGUCCCCGUGAUAAUAUGCAGUGCCUUCUAAUUUCCUUAUUUCCAGUUGGUCCCUGGAGGUAGCAAGUCAACUGACUACUUGCCAAGAGAUGCUUCACUAACUGACUCAAGUCAGGAUGGAUGGAGAACUCUCCACAUGCUCCACCCCCACCCCCUCCUUUCCCCAGCACAGGGGCUGGGCUCUGUAGUCCCACCUUGGCCUGUGACAGCCAGAAUCCAGCAGGCCAGCCUUUUGUUGUGACUCAGUUUUAUCCACCCUGAAAACAAACCAAAAAAAGGUGGCCAAGAUUUAUUUACACCUGCCUGACAUCCUUUCGGGAGAAAGACAGGGCUUUCUACUCACGUAAAGAGUUAGUCUCCGAAACCCACAGGGGCAGUUCUAUCCUGUCCUAUAGGGUCGUUGUGAGUCGGCUUCGACUCAGUGGCAGUGAAUUAGCAUCCCUUUAUGUUUCCCUCCGCUUUCUGCUUUAUUCAUUUGUUCCCAUCUCCCUAAUCAUCCCCAGUGGGAGCAAUGAAUAGGCUGCAGAUUCCCGGAUCUAAGGAAAGGGCAUUCCGGAGCACGUCCCUCCAGCAGGGGGCGGUCUCGGUUGAAGGAGGGACUACUGCGUUUGUUUACUCCAACUAAGGACGUGGGUCUCUCUCCCCUUAGUGGACUUUGUGCCCACCUCCUGUAAACGUCCUGUAAGAGAAACUUGGGUGGGCUCCCUCUUAGGGCGGGAGGGGAUUGCAGAAUGAACCUCUCCAUUGUGUCCUCUGUAACCCCAGGCCCCUUCAGCUUGCAGGACAAACCCGGCCCACUGCCUGCCUUUAUAAAUAAAGCUUGAUUGGAACACUG